ACGCGCGGCUAGUAGAAAAAGGCGCCUAGCCGCGCUGCGACCCGCAAAGCAAAGAAGAAAAGCGGCAGCGCCGCGGCCGCAGUCAGCAACACAAACGAGCAUAUUGGGUUGGCGUCGGGGCAGCGUCAGCCUGGCAUCCCAUUCCUUCCUUCCUCGCCCUCCCCUCACCGGACAAACCCCACCUUUCCGCUCCGCCCUGCUCCUGUUCAUCUCUCGCUGCGGCCGAUACGACGCCUGCGCCGCGCCGCCGGCCGCGCGCGUGCGGCUCCCGGAUGCGGCGUCCAGGGCCGGUCCUCUGCGCGGCGCUGGCCGUCGCGCUCCUGGCCCCGCUUCCGCCCGCGGCGAUCGCGGCAGAUUGUCCGUUGGAUUUCAGUUGGCCAAACUUUGCGCUGAUAGCUUCUGUAUGCUCGGAUCAGAAUGGCCACUCAAAGUGUUGCCGCUAUAUCAAUGCCGUCCUCGCGGUCUCAUCUGCAAUGUAUGCGAACACAACAGGCACUCUUGGGGUUCCAUCUGAACUUGCCGAUGCCUGUAUUCGCAAUAUCUCAGACACCUUCGUGUCCAAUGGGAUACUUCCUACUGCAGCUUCGUUUUGUGGCCUCGGGAUCAAGAUUCAGGCGUCCUAUCAGUGCGUUGGGAUGACUACUAUCCUCCAAAUGUUAGUCUCCGAAUUUCAGUGAUGUGACUAGAAAUUGUGCAACCUCACUUCCAGAUGACGUCAGCUGCAAGAGAUGCUUAAAUUCUGGUUUGUCAUACCUCCGCCAUCUUGUGGGGGAACAAGAUAAUGUCACAUUGAAUACCUGCCGUGACGCUGCCUUUGUUGCUUUUGUGAGUCAAGGGAACGUAUCUACUCUUGAUACGGCGGGUUGCUUUUUCAGCGUUCAGGGGCUGAGUGCUCUUCAAGGUUCGAAUUUUCUCCCGUCUAUCAUAGAAUGGACAGUGCACUUAACAAAAUUUUGGCCACACAUUACUUUUGUAUUUCAUAACUUAUAGAGGGAGAAUAAUAUUACAUAUUUUUUGUUCUGACUUCUUAAUGCUGGUACACUGCAUAAACCCCACAGGAUUUACAACUAUGAUUUGUAGAACUUAUGUAGCACCUUAUAGAGGAAGAACACCUUUUCCUUUUCUUGAAGAGUGUUAACUGCCAAGGCUAGUGCAUUUCAUGAAUGAACAUGUUCAUCACCAGUUUUCUUUUCAAAGCUUCAGCUGUGCUGCACUUUUUUUUGACUGUGACACAUUUGCACAUAGUAUUUCACAGUAUGCAAAUUAUAGGUAUAUUAUAUUAAUCAAUUAUCAGCACAUUUUUGUUGUAGAUUUGUAGUGCAAGUUUCAUAUGAAUAUACAUCUUUGGUAAAUGGAGUAUAUGUGGGUAUCUUUUCAAAACUGUUUCAUUUUACUAUCUUGGUUGGCAAGAUGGUUUAUUUUGAGUAAGUUGAUUGACUUUCUGCUGGGAA